CCCAAGAGCUGCGAUUGGGGCAAAGGAACGGCAAGAAAGUAUCCGCGACUCAAAAGAAUCCCGAGGAAGUGUGCGCUCCAUGGCAUAUGAGGUCAGCCGCGGACCCGACAUGACCGCAAACGGCAUCCAGACGAUACGUGAUACUUAGGGAUCUCAUGUAUGAUACCCACUGUUGCCAUGACCGCCAUCCUCAGCAAGCAAAAAGUGGUUCCGCUGCUAUUACCGCUGGCUACUAGUAUUGAACAUCAAGGAAGACUAGACUAGACUAGACUAGACUAGACGUGCACAAUAAUGUUGAUGACUGGUGCCCUUGUCGCGGGGCUCAUCUCUGUGGUAUUGGGCAUUGUCCUCUUCACGACGAUUCCUCGACAUUUGGGCGUCUGGCGGUUUGUGCAGAAUAAUCUUUGGACGGAAGGAAUCGGCUGGGCCCCUUCGUUUCACCAUGGAAUCCCCUGGGGAUACACGUGGGAAGAAUUUCAUCAGCAAGAUUUGACGGGAAAGACGGCCUUGGUGACGGGCGCCAACUCGGGAAUUGGAUUUGAUCUCUCCUUUUCUCUGGCUCAAGUGGGCGCCUCGGUGAUUUUGGCCUGCCGAGAUCCCCAAAAAUGCUCCAAUGCCAAAUCCAAAAUUCUGUCGGAAGCCAAUCCCAAGGGAACCAUUAGCACCAUGACUAUAGAUACCGCGUCGUUUGCUUCCACAAGAGCCAUGGCACAAGCAUAUGCCCAUGAAUAUUAUGGCAAGCAGCAACCACACACCACCAUUGAUCUACUCUUUCUCAAUGCCGGAGUCAUGAGAUUAACGGAUUGGAACCGCGAUUGCCCCAGCAAGACAGAUGAAGACCAAAUCGAAGUUCAUUUCCAGGUCAACUACCUCAGUCAUUACUUGUUAUACCGUCUAUUGGAACCAUUCCUGUCGGAAGAUGCACGCAUCAUUCCAACAUCCUCGGGUUCCAGUUUCCAAUCCUUCUCCUACACGGUCGCCACGGACCUCGAAACACUCCAUCGAUGCGACAACGGACACUUCAACUUGGGUGGCGCCAAUUUGGCGUAUGGACAAUCCAAAGUGGCACUAAUCCUGUGGGUCAAAAAACUGGCGCGAAUGCUGGGACCAGACUCCACGAGAAGAGUCAAUGCGUUUCAUCCAGGAUUGGUCAAUACGCCGAUUGUGGAAAAGAUUCUGGCAUCCGGGAAUCUUCCCGCGUUUGCCGCCAAUGUCUUUCGAGAACGAAUGAGUAGCACAGCGUGGCAGUCACCCGAUGGGGCAUUGACGGGUCUCUAUUUGGCAUGUGUCCCAGCCGAAAAAGGAAUUCGAGGACGAUACUUUCAUCCCAUGGCACAAGAGGUGGUGAAUCCGGCUUCGUUGGAUGAAAAACUGCAAGAUGAUUUGUGGGCGUUUUCCCAGGAUCUGGUCAAGGACUAUCUGGCCCCCAUAGAAAUUCCUGUGGCGGAAGAAGAAGAAGAAGAGCCGACAACCAGCACUACAGAAAUGGAGAAUGGAGUAGAUACAGCUGAGACAACUGGUACGGAUGAUGACAAUGGUGAAACCGGAGAGGAUGAACAGGAAGUAGAUGAAGAACAGUCGUGACCGAAAGGAAGAUUCACCUACAAGAUGAACUAAUUGUAGCAUAAUGAUGAUCCUUCGUCAGAAAUGGUAGACUCGGAAUGCCUGUGGUGGAAGAAACAACUGAAGAAACACACACACACAGGAGUCCCAGCAAAUCAUCGGGAAGGAGGAAGUGAAAGAAUUACGGCGCUUAGGUAGGAACAUCUUUCCUAACGAAGGACAGUCUGAUCCGUGCCAUAGCACAGACGGGCGAUAUGGUAACAGUAUAAGGACUCACUCGAAUUUAUGCG